AUGUACGACGUCCGUGCCCUACUUAAAGCCAAACGCCAGGAAGCACGAGUAACCCAUUCACUAGCAUCUUAUACGACAACCGGACAGUUGCGAUGCUCCGUUUGCGGAACAAAUAUCAAGCAUGCAUCUGCUUGGGACGGUCAUCUCGGCAGCAAAGCACACCGUACGAACGUGUCUCGCGCUAAAGAAGAGGAGAGGGUUAGGGAACAGCGACAGGCUGCACAGGAGGCUAACGUCGCUAAAAGAAAGGCAGUCGAAGAUGUCCCUGGCGGAGAUGCAGCCAAGAAGCAGAAAACCGAGCCUGCUACCUCAACUCCUCGUUCUAGCGCGUUUCCGUCAGACUUUUUCUCUGACCCCUCAAAAGCACCACCACUAUCCCUUUCAGAUAACUCGGAUGACGAAGAGAUCGACUUUUCUAUAGUUGCUCCCGCGAAGGAGUCGGGGCCACACACUCAGUCUGUUGUCGUUACUCAACCAGAGCUUGACCAAGAGUGGAUCAAGUUCCAACAGACGGUGAUUAAUGCGCCUGAUGCACACGAGACAUAUGACCGGGCGACUGUAUUUGCAGAACCGGAUCUGGUCUCUGACGUGGCAGAAGGUUUCCCUCCCCUGCAGGGUGAGAAGGAUCCUCCAGAGGUUGAGGCUAAAUCAGAUCCGGACGAGGAAAGGCGGCGGAAGGAUCAGGAUGAAAGGGAAAUGAUCAUGGACCGCUUAUUAGAUGAGGAGAGGGCACAGGAAGAGGCAGACAUGAAAGUCAGUGUACUGAAAAGUAGGUUGGAGGCAUUGAGGAUAAAACGAGAGGCUGCACGGACAAAGCCAAAAAUUGCGGUGUAG